AGGGCCUGUUUCCAAGCUGUGUGACUCUAUGAAUAUAUUUUCCUUGCAGCAUGAAACCCUUCAUCCAACAAUCUUUUAAUCUUCACCACACUCCUAUCUCAGGUUACCAGGAGGCAUCCCUGGGCCAUUCGCCAGCCGUCUCCCACCCGCAGUGGCAAGGCCGAUGUAUCGGGACUCCGAAGAUCCGCCUGGUCGAAUUCUCGGCGUUUGCAGAACACCAGCGGGAUCCAGCAACUUAUAACAAACACCUCUUUGUCCACAUCGGCCAGUCGUCUCCAUCUUACGGUGAGACCCUUCUUGAAUCAGUCGACAUUCGCCAAAUCUACGAUAAAUUUCCAGAGAAGAAGGGAGGCUUGAAGGAGCUGUUUGAGAAAGGGACACCAAACACCUUCUUCUUGGUCAAGUUCUGGGCUGACCUCAGUCUUGAUAUUCGGGAUGGAGCGAGUUUGUUCUACGGGGUGACCAGCCAGUAUGAAGGCAUUGAAAACAUGACCAUCACCUGCUCCUCCAAGGUCUGCUCCUUUGGGAAACAAGUUGUGGAGAAAGUCGAAACAGAGUACGCCCGGUUUGAGAACGGCCGCUUUGCCUACCGCAUCCAGAGCUCCCCCAUGUGUGAAUACCUGGUCAACUUUAUCCACAAGCUCAAGCAACUGCCGGAGAAAUACAUGAUGAACAGCGUGCUGGAGAACUUCACUAUUCUGCAGGUGGUGACCAACAGAGACACGCAGGAACUGCUCUUGUGUGUUGCCUACGUCUUUGAGGUCUCAACGAGUCAACACGGAGCCCAGCACCACAUCUACAGACUGGUGAAAGACUAGACACUUAAAGCCUUGCUCUAAACGACUCUAAUACACAUCCAAGAGGUUGGCUUAGAUCAACACAGCACCGCCUUGCCAUUCUGAUGUAUCUCCAGCUGCAAUUCCAGGCAGGUCUCGUUGGCGAGGCCAGAUUUCUCUCACAACACGAAUAAAGCCUCAUGCCUGGGUGUGUAAGGACAACGGUUGUUCUCCAAGACUUUCCACCGCUCUUUGUGAAAACGACAGCAACAUUUAGCUAAACCAAAUCACGGCCACGGCUUAAACGGGUUGACAAAGAG